UUGUUUAUCGUUUAUUUUCUACAUUGUCAAUGAAAACACUCCACUCCCCCAACCAAAUAUUCCUACUGAGCAGCAAGAAAACAUAUUCUAGAUCUAACCAUGGAAAUGAAUCGUCCAUAAUAUCUCUGUGGCAAGCUUGUCCCUACCUAGUCCAAGGAAGAUGAAUGAAGCUAAACCUAUUGUUACCUGCCAUGGAAAUCAGAGUUUGUUUUCCUCCUUGCAUACAGCUGUGUCUCAAGGUCUGCCUAAAGAGUCCUGUGAAUGGAGAAGGUCAUAUGGCAGAGCUCCCCGGUCAGUCAAUCUAGAGGCCAGCUUUGUGCCAUAUGAUGCGGAUAUCCUGCCUGAUGAAGAAGAAAAAACUCUGGUCAGCCGACCCUACUUUCACAUCUUUUGGACUGAUUGUGAUUUGGAAUCUUACAAACAGAGUGUCAAGGAUGAAAUUGCUGAGUGGCAAAAUGCUCUCAAAGCUCGGAACAUUCCAGACUGGCUUAUCGUGGUUGUGAUCAGUGAUGAGAACAAGGUCAAGGCCAAACUGUUGCCCAGAGCGUCUGUCAUUGACAAAGUGAAGAGUGAUUUUUGUGGGAAGUACCCAGAGAGAUGUAUUGUGCUGGUUGAGCCUACCAAGUUGGAUUCCAAAUCGUCCGAGUCCUGGCUACAUCUGUUCCAGAGGCUGAGGUCACUCCUCCUGCAGGCAUUCAACCGACAUCUGCACAAGUACGAGGAGAGUAUGAGAAGUCGCAGAGAGAAAAGAAACGAACCUGGCUGGAACUAUUUCUCCUAUUUCAUUGUGCAGGAAGAGCUAGCUUUCAUGCUGGAGAUGCUAGGCCUCAAGGAGGAUGCCCUCAUCCAGUAUGAUGAGCUGGAUGCCAUGUUUGAUCAGUUUGUGGAGAAUUUUGCCAACGGUGACACAGUGAAAUGGUUAACUCCCCUGAUGGAACCCUGCAGCAGCUGGGCCGGCGUGUCCUUGGCCAAAUCCCUUGACCUUGACCUGAGGGAGGAGGUGAAGCAGAACAACGCAGCCCUCCUCCCGUUCCGCAACUAUCUGUUCUCCCGACAGGCGGCGCUGUUGUUCCAGAUGGGACGGGCAUGGGAGGUGGCCUCCAGGGCUCUGAGCUACCUCUACCACACAGUGGUGGAGAUGAAAGCAUUGGAGGUCCAGAUACCAGACGGGGCAUUGUCCUGUUGGGUGUUUCUCAGCUGUCUAGAGGUUCUCAACGCCUGCGAGCUGCACCACGGCACACAGCUGGAUGAAAAGUUUGCUCUUUGCACAGCCAACCUAUGGGAUUUUGCUCAUAAGAAGCUUCGAGAACUAGGUCAUCUGUGUAGUCUGAUGCCUGGUCUGGUGCCGACGUCUGAUCAGCUGAGUUUGGUGGUGGAUCUGGUGUCGGGCAUGGGCAUUACAGCGGAGACUUUGUCUCCGUCUGACAAGAAGCCAGUUGACAAGCUGAGAGCUUCCCUCUCCUCACCCGAGUCAUUUAAAAGACAUUAUCUGGAAAUGUGUGAGCAGGCCAUGGGUACAUACAAGUACAUUGGAAGGUAUCGCUCUGCCAGGAUGAUUGGCUUGGAACUUGCAGAGUUUUACAUGAAAAUCAAAGAGCCUGCAAAAGCAGAGAAUUUCCUGCUGGAGUCUAUCUGCAUGCACCAACAGGAGGGAUGGCACUACCUAGCAGAUGGAACAAUGGUCAAGCUAGCUAAAUGUCAGGAGUUACUGAAGGAACCUAAUAAAUACUUGAAGACGUGUUGCCACAUUGCCUGCAGCCCGCACAUCACGAUGGCAGAGAAGGAGAAAUAUUUUGAGGAGACUGUGAAAACCUUGGACUCUGUAUCAUCUGAUGAGCGUGUGGAGAUGCGAGCGUCUCAGGUGAUCUUUAUGGAGAGUCUGGAGCUUCAGCCCGAGCAGGCCAGCCUGAAUGAGGAGCUGUCUCUCCGUGUCUGUGUGGUCAGUAACUUCCCUCGACCAAUCUCCAUGGACUCCCUCAAGGUGUCGAUUGUGGCUUGUUCUGAAAACGAAGCUGUAAUGUUUGACCAGCGUCAGCUGCAGCAAAAACAGACGCGCAAACAGCAAGCAGAGGAUAGCCAGCCACCACCUGCCGCCCCUCAGAAACACCACAGACGUCAGCCCAGCGCCACACACAUCACUCUCGACAAAAUGGCUAACUUCUCGCCAGCGACAAAACAACUUCCGGAUACGAUCGCAUUCCAAAAGACAUAUGAGAGACGCCAGGGUCGACUGAUCGCCACUGGUCUGGGCUGUGAACACGCCCGGGAGUUGUUGAAAAGGACUGACAGCGCAACUUCCACCGGGUCCUCUACCAAGAAUGUUGUCAGGGACGACUACUCUCUGUGCUUUCUCACAGAAAACGUUCUGCUGGAACCUGGACGUAACAACCUGACUUUUGCAGCAAAGAUAGCAGCACAGGGUGUCUACCGCCUGAACCAGAUGUGUCUGUCGGUCAAGUCACUGGACCUCCUCAAACCUCUUUCAGACUUCGCGACAGUUUUCAGAGUAGACAGUAUUCCCUCAACGUUUACCGUGACUCCGAAGCACACAGACAAAUUUAUUGCGGGUAUUGAGCAAGAGGCAGUUCUGAAGUUCACUUGUGGCAGUCAUGGCCUGACCGAGGCAAGCGCUUUGUCUGUGACAACGACCCCGUACUUCAGCAUCACGUCUUCCGAGGAGGGGGGAGAUGGGGACAAGGGGAUCAUGGUGGGGUCAGUCGGAGCAUACGAGAGCUUGGAGAUCCCCGUCAACGUGUGCAUGAACCUCAAGUUUGAUGCGUUGGAAACUCAAAUGAGCCGAAUGAGUGUGAUGGUGGAGGCCCUGCAGCAGACGCUGGAGCAGGAAGUGACUUUUGUUCAUCCGUUCAACAUCGUGCACAAAGUCUACACAGCUGGCAAACAAAAAUAUUUCCAGAUUGUCGUGCACGGAACAACAGCGACCUGUUUUACCCUGUCACAACCCAAGCUGGACACACCAGACUGUCGUGAUGUGGAACUGCAGUUGAUGAAUAAACCUGGACAGCUUUUGCUAGUAAACGAGCACCAGAGCAGCUCCCUCCUGUGGCUGAUGAGCAGCAACGUGCCAGUGCUGCCUGCCCUUGACCUUUCUUUCUCCUGCUGCUACGCCAGCCAGGUCGACCUCAGCCCCCAGGCCAGGCAGGCUGACUACUCCUGCUCCAUACACGACUUUCAGACCCAGUACAUUUUGUCGUACGCUGUGUCCAGCAUUGAGGAGGACAAAGCUUGCAUGACAGGGGAGACGGCCAUUAUGGACAUCACCAUCAAACAGUUGAUUGACCUUGACCUCACAGAGGGCACCAAGCUGGCCUACUCUGUCAAGGCCAACGGCAGUGUGUGGGCCAUCGGAGGGAAGACCACUGGUGUGUUCACCAUGAAGGAAGGCAAACACCACACCGUUCUGGAUGUUGUCCCCAUGCAGGCCGGCCUGCUGUAUUUCCCGCUAGUGACACUCCACAAAUACGUAGACCGGAUGGAGGAACAAUCCUUGGCUGACAUAGACGGCUGUGACUCAGACAGCGACUCAGCGCCGCUGCAGUCCCAGAAGCUGCGGUCAGAGUCUCAAGUGUCCAGCGUGUCCAGCACGUCCUCCGCACAGUUUGCCUCGUGUCUGGUGGAGUUCAGCCCAGGCCAGGUGUACAACGAGAGCCGCAGCCGACAGAUUCACGUGUCUCCGUGUCGCACUACGGGGGAUAUUGAUGUGUCUCUCAUACAGUAGAUUGCUGUAUAUCCAUUGAGGAUUGGGAAACAUAAAAGUGUUGCUUGCUGCCGCUGCAGCAGCUUGUGUUUACAAAGUGCAGUGAAACUCCCGUUAUAAAUCCCUCCCCCCAUCCCCCAAAA